UUGAAAGACAAUUCAAAUCAUAAUUACUAUCAAAUAUUUGAUUAAGCACGAUACUAUCGCUCCCCUUGCUUGACGUGCUUUUUGGCUAGCAAGGAUUAUUUUAGACGUAAAUUUUAUUUUUUUUCUUAAAUAUUGUGUCGAAGUCAAAGGAAAGAAAAUAAAAUGGACCAAGGUAGUACUUGUUUUUAUUAGGAUUAUUACAUAUACUACAAAGAAAUAUUUGAAGUCAAGACAGUAACACAGGAACAGAGUUGAACGUGGAGCAAUGUCCUCCUCACAUUUCCCUUCCCUUUUUCAACUUACGCUUCCUUUCUCUCUUCUCAAAAACUCAAACACGAAGAAAACACACUACACAGAAAAAUGGUAGCAGCAUCAUUAGCAAUUGCCUUAAAGACUCUCUUCGCGGUAUUGGGAUGUUUAGUUACAGCGACAGUAGUCUACACCGUCGCCACUGAUGGCCUCCCUUUCCGCAAAGAACUUCUCACCCCGUGGAUGGCAGCAACCCUGAUAGAUUUCUACAUACAUGUGUUUAUAAUAGGGUCGUGGGUUGUCUACAAGGAAUCCUACUGGAUUACUGCAAUACUUUGGGCGGUCUUGCUAGUAUGUUUAGGAAGCAUUACUACAUGCGGCUACAUCGUAUUGCAAUUGCUAAAGCUUUCAACUCAGGAAUCUUUACAGGAUCCAAUUUACUCCGUCUUAUUACGACACCAGAAAAAGACUGAAACAGAACAACAGAGGAAGUGUUCUCUUUUAACUGCAAGAAUUCUAUCUCUGGCUUUGGGCUGUCUGAUGCUAGGGACAUUGAUUUACACCAUUGUAACUGAUGGUUCUCCAUUUCGCAGAGAUGUUUUUACUCCGUGGCUGUCAGCAACAAUAAUUGAUUUCUAUGUCAGUGUUGUGGCUCUAUCAGUUUGGAUUGCAUAUAAGGAAUCAAGUUGGCCGAGUGCAGCUCUUUGGAUAAUACUACUAAUUUGUCUUGGCAGCACCUUCACAUGUGCCUAUAUUGCUCUUCAACUUUUCAGUCUCUCGUCUCAAGAUCCCGUCUACCUUAUUCUUUUCCGCAGUCGCAACAGGACAGAAAACGGGUAUGAAGGAACGUCUCAAACUGAGAGCAUUGUCGAUUGAGGAAGAAGCUUUAUGGUUGAUUUGUUAUAUUUUUACCUUUUUAACAAAUACAUACUUCUAAUGUACAUAUGUGGUUAUUGUUAAAGUUUAUGUUUCAAUUGAUUUUGAAAUAAAUACAUCGG